AUGGCAAAAUAUCUUGUUGAAAAGGGAGCUGAUGUAAAAGGUAAAAAUACUGACGGAAGGACAGUACUACACACUGCUGUUGCUAAAGGUAAGCCGGAAAUAGUGAAAUAUCUUGUUGAAAAAGGCGCUGCUGUGAAUGCCAUUAACAGCAAAAAUGCUAACGGGUUAACAGUGCUGCACAGUGCUGUUGCUAACGGUACGCUGGAUAUAGUGAAAUAUCUUGUUGAAAAAGGCGCUGCUGUGAAUGCCAUUAACAGCAAAAAUACUAACGGGUCAACAGUGCUGCACAGUGCUGUUGCUAAAGGUAAGCCAGAAAUAGUGAAAUACCUUGUUGAAAACGGCGCUGAUGUUAAUAGCACAGAUAUUGACGGGCGGACAGUUCUACACAGUGCUGUUACUGAAAGUAAGCUAGAUAUGGUAAAAUACCUUGUUGAACAUGGGGCUGACGUCAAUGGCAAGGAUACUGAUGAAUCGAGAGUGCUUCACAGUGCUGUUACUGAAGGAGCACACGAAACGGUAAAAUAUCUCAUUAGAAAGGGGGCUGAUGUAAAUGGCAAGUAUAUUGACGGAUGGUCAGUCUUGCACUAUGCUGUUUCUAAAGUCAGAAAUGGCGCUAAUGUAAAUGGUAAGAAUUCUGACAGCUGGACAGUCCUGCACAGUGCUGUUAAUAAAGGUACGUUAGAUAUGCACCUCGUGGAAAAUGGCGCUGAUGUAAAUGCUAAAUAUACUGACGGUUGGACCGUCCUACACGCCGCUGUCGAUACAGGUGAAUUAGAAAUUGUCAAGUAUUUAAUUGAACAGGGUGCUGACAUAACUCCUAAAAGUAAUAUCAGCGCUCUUGGCACUGACAUCAUGAGGAUGGCUGUUGUGAACAAUUCAGUUGCUUUGGUGAAACUCCUCUUGCAAAAGAACAUAGUUGUUUCGAGAGCUGGAACAUUUCUUGUCGAGGGAAGGCAAAUGAGUCUUCUUGAAUGGAGUAUUUACAUUGGUCAUGAUGAAAUAAAACUAUUCUAA